AUGAUGUUCAACAAGUUCUUCGCCAUCUCUGCUCUUACCUCUCUUGCCGCCGCCACGGCCCUCCCAGGUGGUGGAGGAGGAUCCGGAGGCUCUGAGACCCAAUGCUGCAAGCAAGUUCAACAGGCGAGCGACGUCGACCCCAUUACAAAGAGCACUAUCCUCUCCUUGAUUGGGAUCGAUCUGGAUGAUGUCACCGGCAUCGUCGGUCUCAACUGCAGUCCUAUCACUGUCAUUGGAGGCCAUAACGGUGCAUGCUCUGGCGGAACUACCGAGGUCAAUUGCACUGACAACAGUCACGGCAAUCUCAUAUCCCUUGGUUGCAUCCCCGUUACCGUUUGA